CCUCAAGUGGGAGGAGUGAAGUCAGUCUAGUUCCUGGUGUGGAUCCUAGUUGAACUGGGGCAUUAUGGACAUCGAAGCAUAUUUUGAAAGAAUUGGUUAUAAGAACUCUAGGAACAAAUUGGACCUAGAAACAUUAACUGACAUUCUUCAGCACCAGAUCCAGGCUAUUCCCUUUGAGAACCUUAACAUCCACUGUGGGGAACCCAUGGAAUUGGGCUUGGAGGCUGUUUUUGAUCAACUUGUGAGGAAGAACCGGGGUGGGUGGUGUCUCCAGGUCAAUCAACUUCUGUACUGGGCUCUGACCACAAUGGGCUUUGAGACCACAAUGCUGGGAGGCUAUGUUUACAGCACUCCAGCUGACAAAUAUAGCAGUGCCAUGAUUCACCUUCUGCUGAAGGUGACCGUGGGUGGCAGGAAGUAUAUAGUUGAUGCUGGGUUUGGACGCUCUUACCAGAUAUGGCAGCCUCUGGAGUUAAUUUCUGGGAAGGAUCAGCCUCAGGUGCCGUGCAUCUUCCGCUUGACAGAAGAAGGAGGAACGUGGUACCUGGGCCAAAUCAGAAGAGAGCAGUACAUUCCAAACCAAGAAUUCCUUAAUUCUGAACUCCUGGAAAAGAAAAAGUACAGAAAGAUCUACUCCUUUACGCUUGAACCUCGAACAAUUGAGGAUUUUGAGUCCGUUAAUGAAUACCUUCAGACAUCUGCAGCAUCUGUGUUUACAAGCAAGUCAUUCUGUUCCUUGCAAACCCCAAAUGGGGUUCACUGUUUAGUGGGCUUCACCCUCACCUUUAGAAAAUUCAAUUAUAAGGACAAUAUGGAUCUGGUGGAGUUUAAGACACUGAAUGAAGAAGAAAUAGAAGAAGAGCUGAAAAAUAUAUUUAAUAUUUCCUUGGAGAGAAAGCUUGUGCCCAAACACGGUGAUAAGUAUUUUACCAUUUAGAAUAAGGAGUAGAAAUGGUCUUCAGUAUUAUUUCAGGACAUUCGGCGAUAUCUGGAGACAUCUGGUGAUAUCUGGAGACAUUCGGCGAUAUUUGGAGACAAUUGGUGAUAUCUGGAGACAUUCGGCGAUAUCUGGAGACAUCUGGUGAUAUCUGGAGUCAUCUUUAGUUAUCACAAUUGGGGGAAGAGGUGCUACUGGUAUCCAGAAGGUAAAGGUCUGCAAUGCUGUUAACAUCUGACAAAGCACAGGCCAGCCCCCACAAGAAUUACUCAUGCCAAAAUGUCAAUACAGUCAUGCGCCACUUAAUAAUGGGGACAUGUUCUGAGAAGUUUAUUAGGCGGUUUUGUCAUUGUGCAAACAUCAUCGAGUGCACUUACCUGGAUGGUAGAACCAACUACACACCUAGGCUGUAUGGUAUAGCCUAUUGCUCCUAGGCUACAAGCCUGUGCAGCAUGUUACCAAACAGCACAACACCGGAUUAAAUCAAGCACCAGAGGAAACGAGGCAAUCAAGAGACGCAGUGAACUUGAGAUGUAUGAGGCUGCUGCAGGCGUAACAAGGCAUUCUGUUUUACAGCAAACUUUUUUUAAUAAGUAGAAACAGCGUGCUCUAAAAUAACCUUACAAGUAUAGUAUAGUAAAUCCAUAACCUGUAACAUCAUUAUUUAGUAUCAAUAGCGAGUAUUAUGUGCUAUACUUCCACACGACUGACAGUGAAGUAGGUUUGUUUAAACCAGCAUCAGCACAAACAAGUGAGUGAUGCAACAACAUAAAGUCAUUUGGUGACAAGCAUUUUUCAGCUUCAUUAUAAUCUUACUAGAGCCCCAGUGCACGAAUUUGUGCACAGGUGGGGUCCGGUCACCCACCCUAAUCUGCCCGAUCGGGCCAGGUGGGAGUGGGGGGAAGGGCCAUGGGUGGUUUGCUGGCUGGGCCCACCCCCAAUUGGGGUGG